AUGAUGAAGGACUUGAUGUCUCAAAAGUUCUACUUUCAAGACUUGGCAACUAUGACAUUGACUCAGACCUGCAGUACUGUUAUGACAAGACCUAUAGUUGAGAAGUUAUCCAACCCAGGGAGUUUCACAAUUUCGUGCACCAUAGGCAGUUAUGCUUUUGCUAAAGAAUUGUGUGAUUCGGGGGCGAGCAUAAACUUGAUGCCCUUGUCUAUUUAUAAAAGGUUAGGCAUUGGAAGAGCAAGGCCUACAUCCAUGUUACUACAGCUAGUCGACCGAACGGUGAAGAGGCCAUCAGGUAUACUUGAUGAUGUACUUGUGCAGGUUGGGAAGUUUGUGUUUUCAGUAGAUUUUAUCAUUCUGGACUGCCAGGUUGAUGAGGAGAUUCCCAUAAUUUUGGGAAGGCCCAUCUUGGCCACCUAG